CAGAGGGCGAUAUUGUAGCGCAAUAGACAAGGGCAAUCUAGUUGCACCAAUCUCAUAGCAACUACACUGAUAACCAUAGCCUGAGCACACUUCCUGGAUGUUGAAGUAACCGCUUUGUCGUCGGAAUCCUGUACAUGACAAGCUUCCAGUAACAGGAUAUUUUCAAGUAUUUGCUUCUCAUUGGCUGGUCGAGCGAGUCGACAACAACAAAAUCAUCCAUCCGGCGUGCGGGCGCGGUUAUCGUUCUGCCGUUAUAACGUGCUAUACGUCUCCAGUUACACUUCAACAGCGGAGACGAUUUUAUUAUCUUAAAGAGAGUGAUCGUUAAACGUUUGGAGAUGAACGGAGACUGCGUGGACGCGAGACGCCAGGACACAACAGAUGCUGGUAAGGAUGGGGCGUCAGGAGCACAGGCCAUCCAGGUUGAUGCUAAGGCUCAGUCACAUGACUUCAGAUACAGUCUGAAGUACCCCAGCAUUGGCCACUGCAUCAUCAUCAAUAACAAGAACUUUGAUCGCAGUACAGGCAUGAACCAACGGAAUGGUACUGAUGUAGAUGCAGGAAAUGCAAUGAAUGUGUUUCGGAAGCUAGGAUACACUGUGAAAGUCUACAAUGAUCAGACAGUUGCACAGAUUGUGCAGGUUUUAUCAGCAGUGGCCCGUGACGACCACAGCCGCUGUGCUUCGUUAGUGUGUGUAAUGCUCAGUCAUGGAGAUGAGGGAGUGUUUUACGGCAUUGAUACUUCUGUGGAGCUCAAGUCCUUAACUAGCCUUUUCAGAGGAGACCGCUGCCCAUCACUAGUGGGAAAGCCUAAACUUUUCUUCGUACAGGCUUGUAGAGGUACAGAACUGGAUCCUGGUGUGGAGACUGACAGCUCAGAUAAUUCUAUGAGGAUUCCUGUGGAGGCAGACUUCCUCUAUGCGUUCUCUACUGCACCAGGUUACUACUCCUGGAGAAACACCAUGACUGGCUCUUGGUUCAUUCAGUCCCUUUGUGAAAUGAUGGCAAAGUAUGGCAAAGAACUAGAGCUCAUGCAGAUCAUGACCAGGGUCAACCAUAAAGUGGCACUCGAAUUUGAGUCAACCUCCAACCAGCCUGGCUUUGACGCAAAGAAACAAAUCCCCUGCAUUGUCUCGAUGCUCACCAAAGAGAUGUACUUCACUGCUUGAAGGGACAAGAGAACUAUUAGAGCUUCCCCAGCUUUUCUGUAAACACCACAGGUAUAGGAUAUAGAUUUAGGGUUGAGUUUAAGACCCUUUUUUCACAGAAGCAUUAGCUGGGCAUGCUCAGUUUGGGAUUUCUCUGUCUCCGGACUGGUGUUGUGGUUCUUAUUGACAUUUAAAAUACUGUAUGUGAAAGCAGUUGCAUACCAUUUUUUUCUCUGGUUUUCUAAUAAUCACCAGUGACAAUAACAGGUUGGGAUUUUUAAAAUUACAGUAAUCAGGGACUUUAAUAGGCUAUUGCACUAGUUUGACUGUUGAAAUGUGAAUCGUAGUUGGGCAUUUAAUUGGUGAGAUCAUCUUUAUUGAAGCAAAGCCAGUGUGCUAAUUUAACGUAAAAAGCAAAGAACAACAAUCAGUACUAUUCCCAAGUGCCUGUCACUGAACCAUGUGAACAGAUUUUGGUGCAACUUCUAAAAUGCCAUGUACAGGUUUCCAUUAGGACGCAAUAAAGCAUUGUUUACUGUAUCGGUGACAUCUAGUCCAUUCCUACAGAAAAAAAAAAAAAAAAAACCUUUGACAUCCAUUGAAGCCUAGGGGGGUAAACAACCAAAAACACUUUUUGUGGUAACACACCAGUACUACCAUAGUAGUUAAAUUAUAUUUAAUCUGGACUGCUCUUUAAUUAGUCUCUUCAGGAUGAAUAUGAAUAGCAUGGUAGCAUUAAUCACCUGAAAAAAAAUCACAUAGAAUACUUUCAGUUGAGAUCAUGCAUGCAUUGUGUGUGUGAGAUGUUCCUAGAAAAAAACAAUGUUCAUGUUUACUGUACAAUCAUGUUUACUAUACAUAUGUGCUUUUUUGUAUGUAUUUAAACAGCUCUGUAGUGCGUUGGAUGAUAAUGCAUAUUUUACUGGGAUUCUGAGAGUAGGUGUUUCAUUAGGAGUAUUGAGUAUGUAUUUAAAGACAUUUUAAAAUAUGCUUUAUUAAUCAGCUGAUGAUUGGAGACUAUAUAAAUGUAUUUCCAGAGGUCAGUUGCAUCUAUAAUGGGUGUUUGUUGGUUCCUAUUACCAUCUUUAAUAUUUAGGCAGGUUGGGAAAAUUAUUCUGUUCCCUGUCUAUAAAGUGAGUAGGACACUGUCAGCCAGUGAGACUAGUUUCUUUAAUUUCAAGAUGGGCGUUUGUAAUUAGAAAGUUUGUUCAGGUGUAUCAAUAUAGCCGUAGGCACAGGUAAGAGUGAGUGACAACAGAAACCAGGAGUGGAGUUUCUCAGCCAUUUAUACAACCAUAUGCCUCAUUGACUUUUGCGUUUCAUUCUUUCAUAUAUAAGAAAACCUUAUAUAUGAUAUAUUAAAUAAGUAGUUCUUCAUGGUAAACAUUAUAUUGUAAUGAUGGAAUCUUAUAUAUAAUGGCACAAUAAAAAUAUUGAGCAACAAAGUUGCUUUUUUUAUACAGCAACUUUGUGCCACAACAGUCACAUUUUCUUUUGAAUUGUGGAGUAUUAAUGUCUUUUGUGGUUUUAUUUUAUUAAUAUCGCUAUUCUAAUAUCAGUCCCAC